AUGCCUACUGAGGAUAGCCAGGGGACUCAGCACCAUAUCCCCCAGGGGGGUACCUCCCAGAGGAGACCUUCAGCAGAUGCCAAUCUCCAGGCAGAACUGGAGAGCCUCCGCGCCAGUGUCACCAGGAUGUCUGAGAAAUAUGACCAUCUUCAUGCUAAGAACGUCGAGCUCGAGCAUGACUACCGCACACUGAAGCGUAACUGGGAGAUGAAUCAGACCCAAGGCUCCCAACACAGCCCUACCCAGGUACCUGAGCGUACACAGCCAAACCAGCCGGAGCACUCCCACCACAAUGUCCCAACCCAGCCUAGGCCCAGCAAGGGUAAAGGCCCCCUCUAUCCGGAAACGGCCAAGUCGCGGCUUCUCCGCAUCUCCCCACCAAGGAACCGGCCUCAUGAACCAACAAAGGUCUACCGGGAUUGCAGGGACCGUAUCCUGGACCGUCAAACGGAACCCCAUCUUAUCUCUGUUAAUCUCCAAGACCCAAAGAUGAAACACCUGGGCCCCCCGCCAAAGCCUACCCAACUACCCCUUGGAGAAGGUAUAGGGGACUCAGAGAACUGGGGCCAGGGUUACUCAGAAGACUACGAGUCUUAUCACACCGAGGCGUUCGAAGAAUUCUACCCAGCCCAUGGCCACCCACACACCAGACCCCCAGCACCCGAGACUCUCCCUCAUACCGACCCGGCAAUGAGGCUUCUCUUCGAGAAAGUCCGGCGCCUGGAGAGCGAACAUCAGCGCAACCACCAACCUCUCUGGGCAAAGCCACGACCUGGGCCCUUUACCGAACGCAUCCUUAAUUACCACCAGGAGAAGGACAUCCAGCCACUCCGCAUCGCCUUCUACACUGGCACAGAGGAUCCUCUCACCCACAUACAUUCUUUCCAGUCUGCCUUGGGGUGCAAGGGCCUCACUGACGAAGGCAUGUGUCUCCUCUUCCCUUCCACUCUCAGUGGCGCGGCCCUGAACUGGUUUUACAGGCUGAACCCCCGCACUAUCAAUACAUUUGACAGUCUGAAACAGGCUUUCCUGGACCAUUUCAUGAUCCAGACCGAUCGCCUCUACUCCGCGGACGACCUAUACAUGCUUAGACAGGGUGAGGAUGAGCCCCUUCGGGAGUAUGCAGCCAGGUUCAGCCACGAAUACUCCCGCUGCCCAGAUACUGAUGAUCGUGCCGCCUUCGGUGCUUUCAAGAGUGGCCUCCGAGAGUCUAACUUCCGGUACCUGGUCCACAGCAACCCUUGGAACACAUAUGCCGAGCUGAUGAAGCAAGCAGCAGUUCAUGCCAAGGCUGAGUACUUCAACUCCAAGCGCAGCCCAGCCAUCCCGGCGCAUAAUCCUUUUGCUGAUCCUCCACCUGCUUCGGUACCCAUCCCAGCUCCACCCCAACAUUCUGCCCCUGCACCAAGCACCCAGGGUGCCCAGCACCCCAAGAGGAAGGAUAGCUACCAGCAUACCUUCAACAAUAACAAGCGGGGCAGACAUGGGAACCACCACCAGUCUAGUGGAAGCAACCCCCCCAGGACAAAUGACCGGGCCCCACUCCCAUUCUCACCCAAACCCAGGUUCGAGGUCUUCACCACCCUCAACACUACCUAUGAGAAUGUCCUGGUGCACGAGGCACCUAUCAUACCUCAGCCUCCACCCCGGAAACCAGGCAGCAAGCCUAUGCCUAACACAGGAGUCUUCUGUCGCUUUCAUCAGUUCGGUGGCCAUGAUACCGAAUCUUGUGUUGCCUUGCGCAACAUCAUUGAGGGACUUAUUCGCGAGGGGAAGCUGGAUAAAUACGUGCACAACCUCCCACCUAACCCUCACCAACGGCAGAUCAACAUGAUCUCAACCAUCAGUGGUGGCCCAACCAUGGCUGGCACCUCCAACAACUCCAUCAAACAUUAUGUCCGCUCUACUUAUGCGCACCAGGUCUUCAGUACUGAGCAGGGACGCUUGCCGAAGACACAAAAAACAGGCUGGGCCCCCAUUACCUUCUGCGAGGAGGAGGAGCGCGGCGUUAUCCUCCCUCAUGAUGACCCAAUCAUUAUCCGCGCCGACAUAUCUAACUUUGACGUUGGGCGCAUAUUGGUAGACACUGGCAGCUCAGUCAGUGUGAUGUUUGCUGAUGCCUUCAAUGAGCUCCAGGUCCCAUCUCAUUUGCUCGACCGAAGCGUCACACCCCUGGUGAGCUUUUCGGGUGAUGUGGUCCAGCCUAUUGGGAGCAUUCAUCUCCCUAUCUCUAUUGGAGCAGCUCCCCAGCGAGCGACGGUCACCACUCCCUUCCUCAUCAUUGACUGCCCCACAGCCUACAACGUUAUCCUGGGACGCCCUGCCAUGGCCCAGAUGAAGGUUUUCAUUUCCACACAUAUGUUACUGUUGAAAUUUCCUACCCCCUAUGGCACGGGCACUGCGCGCGGUGAUCAACUGGGCGCCCGAAGCUGCUAUGCUUCAGCAGUUAAGUCUACUAAUCGCCAACAUAGGGGUGAGGCCCUAGCAGUAACCCAGGCCCUAGCCCCACCUCGAGCUGGCACUGAGCGCCCAGAGGACCCCAGGGAGGAAUCUGCCACCCAACAGGCCGAACCUGUGGAGGACCUUGAACUGGUCACUCUCCAUGAGGAUAUCCCGGAUCGACAGGUCAGGAUCGGCACCUCCCUCUCCCAAGAGCUUCGCUCUGAUCUUAUUGCCUUCCUCCGCCUCAACUCUGAAGUCUUUGCUUGGUCUUACAACGACAUGCCGGGCAUAUCACCUGACGUCAUCUCCCAUAGGCUAAGCAUUAAUCCUGUCGUCCGACCCGUUCGGCAGAAGCGUCGUGCUUAUGACCCAGAGCGGUAUGAGGCCAUGAAGGCGGAAGUGGAUAAGCUGAGCACCAUUGGUUUCAUCAAGGAGGUGGAUUAUCCCACCUGGCUAGCCAAUGUGGUAAUGGUACGUAAACUAAAGAAGGGUUGGCGCAUGUGCGUAGACUACACAAAUCUCAACCGGGCCUGCCCAAAGGAUAGUUUCCCCCUACCCCGCAUUGACCAGCUAGUUGACGCCACAGCUGGCCAAGCCCUCCUCAGCUUCAUGGAUGCUUACUCAGGGUACAACCAGAUCUUCAUGCAUCCUGAGGACCAAGCUCAUACAUCCUUCAUCACCGACCGUGGCCUUUACUGCUACAAAGUCAUGCCAUUCGGCCUCAAGAACGCCGGGGCUACAUAUCAGCGUCUGGUGAAUAGCAUCUUCGCUCCACUCAUUGGCAACACCAUGGAGGUUUAUGUUGAUGACAUGCUGGUCAAGAGUCGCACUGCUGACCAGCACAUCCCCAACCUCUCUGCCACGUUCACCAUUUUGAAGCAGUAUAGGAUGCGGCUCAACCCCACCAAGUGUGCAUUUGGGGUGGCCUCCGGCAAAUUCCUUGGCUUCAUGAUCAGCCAAAGAGGUAUUGAGGCCAACCCAGAGAAGAUCCGGGCUAUUUUGGACAUGACGAUACCCAAGACGGUCAAGGACAUUCAGAGCCUUACUGGGCGUGUCGCAGCCCUGACCAGAUUUAUCUCUAAGGCCACUGAUCGUUGCGCCCCAUUCUUCAAGGCACUUAAGGGUAGCAAGCGCAACAUCACUUGGACUGCAGAAUGUGACCAGGCAUUCGGCGAGCUCAAGGCAUACAUGAGCCGAGCCCCUUUAUUGUCAACCCCUGAGUCUGGGGACGUCCUCACCAUCUACCUUUCUGUCUCGGCUACGGCGGUUAGCUCAGUGCUCAUUCGACCACAUGAAGGUGCUGAGCAUCCGGUGCACUAUGUGAGCAAAGGAUUGCAAGAUGCGGAGAUUCGAUACCCAGACAUUGAGAAACUUGCUUUCGCCCUGGUGGUUUCGGCUAGACGCCUCCGGCCAUACUUUCAAGCUCACACCAUCCAUGUCCUAACCAACCAACCACUUAGGCAAGUGUUGCAGAAGCCAGAGACUUCUGGGAGGUUAGUCAAGUGGGCCAUUGAACUUGGUGAGUUUGAUAUCCACUACAAACCCCGCCAAGCUGCAAAGGGCCAAGCCGUGGCUGAUUUCAUAUCUGAAUUCACCGAACCCCAUACUCUGGCCAGUACUCAGAUUGCAAUCACACCUACUCCUACCUCGAACCAGGUCCAGGUCGCUAGCAACGGCUCCCUAGACUUAACUCAGCCCUUGUGGACCUUGUAUGUGGAUGGCUCUUCCAAUGCCCAGGGAUGUGGAGCUGGCCUCGUUCUCAUAUCCCCAGACAAGGUUGCCCUUGAGUACGCCCUCCGCUUCAAAUUCCACGCCUCCAACAAUGAGGCCGAAUACGAGGCACUCUUAGCCGGCCUUCGCCUAGCCAAGGAGAUGGGCGCCGAGCAAAUCCAAAUAUUCAGCGACUCACAGCUUGUUGUCCACCAAGUCAACCAGGACUUCACGGCCAAGGACAUCUCCAUGACAGCCUACCUCCAACAUACCCGCCACCUGCUUACAACUUUCAAUGCUUAUCUCAUAGGCCAGGUGCCACGCUCUGAGAACAGCCAUGCUGAUGCAUUGGCAAGGCUAGCCUCGGCAAUGGAGCAGGGCAUAGGUCGAAACAUCCACAUCGAGUUCUUGGACCAGCCCAGUACACGGGCACCACUCAUUUGUGUCAUUGAUCAAAGCCCUACAUGGAUGGACCCCAUCACUCAGUUCUUGCAGAACCAGACACUACCUGCUGAUCCUGCUGAAACGCGGCGUGUUCGCUAUCGUUCCGCCCGAUACUUGAUCAUCAAUGGUGCCCUAUACAGGCGCGGCUUCAGCCUCCCCUAUCUUCGAUGCCUGACCCCAGAGGAAGGUACCUAUGUCCUGAGAGAGAUUCAUGAGGGUAUCUGUGGCAACCACUCAGGCGCUCGCUCCCUAGCACACAAGAUCAUUCGGCAGGGAUACUUUUGGCCAUCACUUCACACUGAUGCCCAGACCUUCACCCAGAAGUGCGAUAAGUGUCAGCGAUUUGCCAACAUCCCACAACUUCCAGCUGAGCCAUUGACAGCCAUGGUCAGUCCUUGGCCAUUCGCCCAAUGGGGACUUGACCUCAUUGGACCUAUGCCUGAGGGCAAGGGCCAAGUCAAGUAUGCAGUUGUAGCUGUGGACUACUUCACCAAGUGGGUUGAAGCUGAGGCCUUAGCCACCAUCACUGCAGCCCGCAUUGAAAUUUUUGUUUGGCAAAACAUCGUCUGUCGCUUUGGCAUCCCCAACACCAUCGUCACAGACAAUGGCCGGCAAUUUGACAACGCAAAGUUCAAGCAAUUUUGUUCCAACCUCAAGAUAAAGCUUUGCUUCGCCUCCCCAGCCCAUCCUCAAUCUAAUGGCCAGGUGGAAGCUGUGAACAAGAUCAUCAAGAAAACUCUAAAAACUAAGCUUGACAAAGCUAAGGGUUGCUGGCCGGAGCUACUCCCAGAAGUUCUCUGGUCUUAUCGCACCACCUUCCGGACCUCAACAGGAGAAACACCUUUCUCUCUCUCCUUUGGUACCGAAGCAGUGGCACCAGUGGAAAUUGGCCAGCCCACAUACCGCACCUCCACCUAUGAGGCCGAGGCCAAUGACGAGCAGCUAGCCCUGAACCUCGACUUCAUUGACGAGCUUCGUGACCAAUCCAACAUGCGCAAUGUCGCGUACAAACAGCGCAUCGCUAAGUACUACGACUCCCGAGUCAAAGCCCGUGCUUUCAAACUUGGGGACUGGGUCAUGCGCAAGGUUUCCUUGGCCACCAAGAAUCCCACUGAAGGUACCUUGGGCCCAACAUGGGAAGGUCCUUAUGAGGUUACCAAAGUCUGCCGCCCCGGCACUUAUCAGCUUCGUGACACCAAGGGCAAGACCUUGCCUCAUCCUUGGAAUGCUGAUCACCUCAAGUACUACUAUAAGUAA